CUGCUUUCAAGUUUCUUAAGCACACCUGGAUAUGCUUUUGUCUUGCUUGUUGUAUUCCAGCUGUUUUCUUACAUCCCGCUUUUUCUCGCAAGUGAUACCAUAAGAUCUUGGGUUGCUUAUAUUGCCUAUGGAUAUCCGAGUCUUAUAUUCCUUUCAGCAAUAAUCGAUGAAACAGAGAAGAGAAAGUUGUUUGACUUUUCAUAUGUUACGUACAUCAUUGUAUUAGCCAGCAACUGGUUGUUUUAUUGUUUUCUGUUGUUUCUGUAUGAAUCGCAAUUGCAUACAGCAAUUAUUAGUGCCAUGAAAAGGAAAACGUUUACUGAGUCUUUCGAUGUCCCUUACGGUAACGACGUGAUUGCUGAAAGAAAUCGAUCGGUCAGCCCAGGCGGUAACGCCACCGUGUUGGUCAGGGAUCUUGUUAAAUUUCGCAAACAAGAUUGUGUUUUGAAAAACAUGGCAUUUGCUAUGGGGAAUGGUGAUGCCCUCGGUUUGAUUGGUGUGCCUGGCUCGGGAAAAUCAACAGCAUUCGCUCUGAUAUCUGGAAUUGAACGUCCUUCGAGUGGAAAAGUCCUGAUAACAGGAAGACAGGCGCACAAUUUACCGAGACUGGGAUUUUGCGCCCAAUACAACUCUCUCUUUCCACGAUUAACAUGUCUCCAGAAUCUCAUUGUCAUUGCAGGCUUGAUAGGAUACAAAAAUGUGCGAAAGAAAGCAGAAUCAAUUAUUGGUUAUCUAAGCCUCGGACUACACGCUAAC